UACACAUCCAGCAUGCAGCCAGCACGGAUACUCCUCAAACGAUCCGUAUGGAAGGGUAUAUAGAUCGCCUUUUGUUCUUUCAUGAGCUGAUCAUCAGGUCCAUUCGUCGUCUCCUUCCCCAUGUCCCUCUCUGAAGCCCUCAAGAAACGCACACCCAUCCGGACACAAGCACGCGCAUGCACGAUUCUACCGGCCUUUGUCGGCUUGCGCUUCAUGGUACAUAACGGCAAAAAUUACCUACCGGUAGAAGUGACAGAAGAGAUGGUCGGACACAAGCUCGGCGAGUUUGCAGCGACACGGCAAAAGUUUAGCUAUAAGCAGACGAAGAAUAAGUAAGGGUUCUUGUCGUCGUCUGUCGUCUAUCAUCGUGCAUAGUAGCGAGCGUGCUGCAUUUACACUAUCCAUUUCAAAAGAAGAGCAUUCGCUACGAUAAUCUAUACGCCCUUGCCAUGAGUAAGUCAUGUAAACCACGAAACCUCCCUUCACUGCCUUCCAUCCACGGGAUGAGCACACUGCGAUUGCAUUCUCGGCGACGUUUGCAUCGCCUUCAUCAAUGUCCUAGAGAAUGCGUUAGCUCAAUCUGCUGCAAUGUAUCAGAGAGCGCAGACUCUAAAUCCUCCUCCUCCGUACGUUCCUGCGUAGAGCGUCGAGCCGGCAUUACAAUCUCCUCCUCCUCCCUCUCCUCUUGCAAUCGACCUGC